AUGGGAGCAUCAACAAAACUCGCAGACCUCGCCCACCGCACAUUCAUCCUCGGAGUCUUUGGCGCCACCGUCUACAUUGGAGUCGGAACAGUCCAAUUAGUCAACGCUCGUGUCGAGAAGAACAAGGUCAUGAGGGCCACCUGGGACGCUGAACAAAUGGCCGAGUUGCGUCGUCAAGGAGAGGAGGAGAUGGAGAGACAGAGACAGGAGCAGCAGGCAAGGAGAGACCAAGCAUAA